CUCUUGUUCUACCUUCACGCAGUGUGUGUGUUAGCUCGGGUUGACGUCGCCAUGGCAAGCCGAAAAACUUCGCCCCCUAACCGGGAUAGUGAGGACAAAUACUCAAUACUGUUACCGACCUACAACGAGAGGGAGAACCUUCCUCUGAUAGUCUGGCUGCUGGUCAAAUACUUCGCUGAAAGUGGAUAUAACUACGAGAUAAUCGUCAUUGACGACGGAAGCCCAGAUGGGACACUGGAGGUGGGAGAGCAGCUGCAGAAAAUAUACGGAGAGGACAAGAUACUUCUACGACCAAGAGCGUCAAAAUUGGGCCUUGGCACUGCCUACAUCCACGGCAUGAAGCAUGCUACUGGGAACUUCAUCAUCAUCAUGGACGCAGAUCUUUCCCAUCAUCCCAAAUUCAUCCCAGAAUUUAUUGAAAAGCAGAAGGAAGGUAACUACGACCUGGUGUCUGGUACUCGUUACCAAGGGAACGGGGGCGUAUACGGCUGGGACCUGCGCAGGAAACUCAUCAGUCGGGGAGCCAACUUCUUGACUCAAGUGUUGCUGAGACCCGGUGCUUCAGACCUCACAGGCAGCUUCAGGCUGUAUAAGAAGGUGGUGUUGGAGAGUCUGAUGGAGCGGUGCGUGUCCAAAGGCUACGUCUUUCAGAUGGAGAUGAUCGUCCGCGCCAGACAGCUCAACUACACAAUCGGAGAAGUACCCAUUUCCUUUGUGGAUCGAGUUUAUGGAGAAUCCAAACUUGGAGGGAACGAGAUUGUGUCAUUUGCGAAAGGACUGGUCACACUCUUCGCCACGACAUGAUCAGUGAUGCCAUCAGUUUCGACAUCCCACAGUCAUAUAGUUCCUUUAAGUCUCUGUCUUUAAUACAGUAGUUGUAUCAGAAUGUUAAUGGGAGAAAAAGCAGACAGUGACAUGACGACAACGGAGACAUCUCUCUCCCCUGUUAGCAGACAAUAUAAAGUAAUUCUCUGUCAGGAGUCGCCCAGAAGUCGUUACUGAAGGAACUUAGUGCUCAUAGUGUCCCAUCAUUCCUAUUCCAGACAGCUGACUGAACUCUACUCUAACACGGCUGUCAGAUGGGUUUAAGUCCACCUCUGAUUGUUUGUAUAACAUUAAACCGUUUGUAUUAUUGGC